AUGGUUCAAUCACCUCAGGACGGUCGAUCCUCCGAUGAGGAAAAGAACACAGCCGUUCCUGAAACCCAAACCCAUGUUCAACGUGAAGGCUCUGACUUUGAGUCAGAUGGGGAAUAUCAGGAGGGUAUUGAGCGCGUGCGCGCUAUUACCUCUGUUUGGACCAAGAAGACCUUGAUAAGCAUGUUUCUGAUGCUUUAUCUGAUCUCGUUUGUCGACAUGAUCAUGAAUUACGUCGACUCCGCUCUCAACCCCUACAUCACCUCCAGCUUCGGCGCCCAUGGUCUUCUCAACAUUGGAAGUAUUCUCGCUUCCAUCAUCGGCGCAUGCGCGCCUCUUCCUUUGGCCAAGGCCAUUGAUGUCUGGGGCCGUGUUGAAGGUUUUGCGUUCAUGAUGACUGUUUGCAUCGUCGGUAUGAUCAUGAAGGCUACUUGCACGACUGUCCAGAUGUACAUCGGUGCCCAUAUCCUUUACUGGGUUGGUCACAUUGGUGUCAUGUACGUCAUUGGCGUCAUGCUGGCCGAUAUGACUACCCUUACCAACCGUGCUUUCAUCUACGGUAUCAACACGACACCUCGUAUCGUCGCUACAUUCGCCAGUCCUGAGAUUGCUACUGGUUUCUACGAGAACCUCAACUUCCGCUGGGCGUUUGGUGCUUUUGCUAUCAUUAUUGCUGCAUGCAGUAUUCCUGCUAUGGCGACUAUGGUUUACAUGUUCCGCACAGCUACCAAGCAGGGCGUCAUCACCCGCAAGCGAUCGGACCGCACAUUCCUCCAGUCUCUCAAGCACUACUUUGUCGAGUUCGACAUUAUUGGAAUUCUGCUUCUUUGCGGUUGUAUCUCUUGUCUCCUUCUGCCUUACAGCUUGGCCGCUUAUGCUCCCAAGUCCUGGAAGACACCUUACAUCAUCGCUCUCGAGGUUCUGGGAGUCGUCCUGAUUCCCAUCUUCUACUUUUGGGAAGCCAAGAUUGCACCCGUCCAAUUCCUGCCUUUCAAGUACCUCAAGGAGCCCACCAUCAUCGGAUCAUGCUUACUCAACGCUGUCAUGUUCUUGUCUACCUUCAGCUGGAACGCUUACUUUGGUUCUUAUCUCCAGGUCGUCAACAGACUGAGCAUCUCCAACGCCAACUACGUCCUCAACGCCUACUCCCUCACUUCCUCCGUCAUUGCUCCUUUUGUCGGAUGGUUCGUUGCCAGGACUGGUAACAUCAAGUGGACUGCCAUGGCCGGUGCACCCAUCAUGCUUUUGGGUACCGCUCUGAUCAUUCCCUUCCGAUCUGAGGAUACCAACCCUGGUCUUCUGGCCUUUACCCAGAUCCUCGUCGGAUUCGGUGCAGGUGUUUUCUCCACCGUUGACCAAGUCGCCGUCAUGGCACCUGUCACCCACCAGUACCUCGCCGUCACCAGCGCUCUGUCUGGUCUUUUCGGUGGUGUCGGUGCCGCUAUUGGCUAUGCCAUUGCUGGUGGUCUCUGGAACAACGUCAUGCCUGUUCAAUUGGCUCAGCGUCUUCCCGAGGCUGUCAAGGCCAAUGCUACCAUUAUCUUUGGUGACAUCACGAUCCAGCAGUCUUUCGCAGAUGGCUCUCUUGAGCGUGAGGCUAUUGUCGGUGCUUAUGCCCACACUAUGAGACUGAUGGCUAUCACUGGUGUUGCUACCAUGCCUCUUUGUGUUCUGUCCAUUAUCAUCUGGAGGAACAUUAACGUCAAGAAGGUUGAGGAGGAGAAGGGUAAGCAGACCAAGGGUAUGGUCUUCUAA